UCAUCCAGGCCUGAGUGGCGAUACUGAGUUUCUGUAACGUCAGCUUGCGCUCAGUAGGAGUGGCUCCAGUGGUUCGACAUCACCUCACCCGGCGUGAAAGACGUUCAGCGGCUAAGCUAGAUGGUUGUUUUACUGGGCAGCUAGCAUUAGGAAUUUGCAUUUCUAAAAGAAGGGAUAUCCAUUUAUCUCAUCGUUGAGCCAGACUCCACCAUUAUGGCUCUUUACGAAUAUGUCACUCAGGAGCAGCUUGCGGGCUUCGACAAAUAUAAGUACAGUGCUGUGGAUUCAAAUCCCCUGUCCAUCUAUGUUAUGCAUCCUUUCUGGAACUUUGUGGUGAAGUUUCUACCAACAUGGCUCGCCCCGAACCUUAUCACAUUCACAGGCUUUAUGUUCCUCGUGUUGAACUUCCUCAUGUUGGCCUUCUACGACUUUGACUUCACUGCUUCUUCUGCAGGACAUGAACAUGUGCCUAGCUGGGUCUGGGUUGCUGCAGGGCUCUUCAACUUCUUAGCCUAUACUCUUGAUGGUGUUGAUGGUAAACAGGCGCGCCGCACCAACUCUUCCACGCCACUAGGGGAGCUUUUUGACCACGGUCUUGAUAGCUGGGCGUGUAUCUUCUUCGUGGCCACUGUAUACUCCAUAUUUGGCCGUGGGGAGAGCGGCGUGAGCGUGGUGACGCUCUAUUACAUACUGUGGGUGGUGCUGUUUUCCUUCAUUCUGUCCCACUGGGAGAAAUACAACACUGGCAUCUUGUUUCUGCCCUGGGGAUACGACAUCAGCCAAGUGACAAUUUCACUUGUCUACUUGAUCACUGCUGUGGUUGGUGUGGAAAAGUGGUACCAGCCAGUUAUCUGGAGCUUUCUUUACAGAGACCUUUUCACCUUUAUGAUCAUAGCCUGCUCCUUCACUGUGACCUUACCCAUGAGCCUCUACAACGUCCUGAAGGCUCACCGGAGUAAUACACUGAAGCACAGCAGCCUGUACGAAGCUCUCCUGCCUUUCCUCUCUCCCGUCCUCCUCUUUGUUUUGUCCACCGCUUGGGUUUUCUGCUCUCCAUCCAAUAUCCUCGAGCUGCAGCCCAGGAUCUACUACCUCAUGGUGGGGACAGCUUUCGCCAAUGUCACUUGUAAGCUGAUUGUGUGUCAGAUGAGUAACACACGUUGCCAGCCGCUGACCUGGCUGCUGCUGCCCAUGUCUGCGGUGGUGUUGCUAGCUGUGACGGGGGUCUUCACCAACGAGACACUGCUGCUUCAUUUGUGGACAGCUGCUGUCGUACUAGCACACAUACACUAUGGCAUAUCAGUGGUACAGCAGCUCAGCGGCCACUUCAACAUCUUCGCCUUCUCCCUGAAGAAGCCCAGCAGUGACUGACAGGAGGAGGAACGAAUCGGCUUGACAGAAGCAGAGGUUUAGGUUGAUCCUCUCUUCGGCUUACCGACACUUCACUCAUCACCACGGAAACCACAUCCCCUCCCCUCCAUCCAGAAGGACACUUCAAGUGGAAUGGACUGUGUGCUUCUUUUCACACACCCACACAGAUACAGACACACACACACAUUCCCAUACCAACUGACCAAACUCUGGCCUCUGCGAUGGGGCGGGCCCAGGGGCUCUGGCUUCCGCCACUGGUGAUUGGCUAACUUGGCUGAGCCAAUGAGGUGCAAUUGUUUCCUACGGAAAUGUGCUUCCGUCGUGAGGACAGAAGCCCAGGCGAGCCGUGAAAAAAAAAAAAAAGGAAAAAUAAAGCAACACACAUGCAUUUGUACCUUUUGUGAGGGAUGGCCCUCAUUUUCCAUGGAUUCAGGAUAUCCUUAACCCUAACCUCAAUUAUAGCAAGUAGAGGCCUCGCCUUUAACUAAACCUGAUGUAACCUCAUCCCUAAAAACCAACUUUUAACCCUCAGACAGCCUGUCUUGUCAUGUCAGGACUGUGGAAAAUACAACCAGUCCCACCAACUUCCGAAACUUUGAUGUCCUCACGGGGAUGGACUACACACACAAACGGAUACGUUACACUGCUUUUAUGCAGGUUAUAUGUAUUUCAUGGCAGAUAUUUGAAUUCAAACACAGCCGCGGACAUGAACACACAGUUGUACUUGCAUAGUAUUAUGAAUGUAUAAUAUGCCUUGAGGAAAUGUUUCUGUUUAAUUAUAUGAACUGGAAUGCCUCAAGAAGUGUUUGAUGAAACCUGUUUGUUUGUUUUUAAGUCAUCAAAUGAUUUGCAUUUGGAAGUUUGUGAGUAUGUUUAUAACUACUUAUAUAACAUAAGUGUUGAGGUGUGGGGACUUUCAUUUUCCAACCAAGACAAAACAUAAAAAGAUGAUUUACUUUCAGUGAAAUGUUUUAUGCAUUUCCCUCUCUACAGUGUGCUCCGUGGCAGCAGCUGUCAUGAGGAGAGUUGAUAAUUGACUAACAAACAAGAAUUGAUCAGGGUAAUCUCUACUAACCCUCCUCUUUUUUCCACCUGUGUCUGAGCACUGAUCUCCCGGCUCUUCCUUCCCUUUGAGGUGUCGUGUUUUCACGCUGAUUCGUUCUUUUGUUUUUAUACAUUUUUACACACGUCUUUGGUAUAUUUUUGUCUGCCUCUUUGGCGGCGGUGUGUGUGGUUUUAAAGUCGCGCAGCGCUUGAAUGAUGAGCGUGUUCAAAAGCCGUUUAACGGAGCGGACUCGCUCUGAGGAAACAAGCCUUCGCACAGGACAGCGCAGAAGCUGCUAAACCAACAGCCGUCACUUGGAUAUUAUGACAUCUUUUUACAUUUACUGUCUUAGAACUCAUCUGGUAGCAGUUUUUCAGUCUGGUAAACACUGUAUGUUUCAGGCUUUGUCUUAAGAUGGAGGAGAUCAGUUGUAGCUGCUGGUUAAGAAAGUUGAGGCAAGCCUUGUUUACAAGCUGUCAGCUCAAACAAUGCUACAACAUCGCCUGUGUUUUGGUGCAGUUGUCAUUUGGAAGAAAUAAGCUUUUUUUGUGUGUGUACUUGUCAAAAAGUGACAGGUUCUUUGUAUCUGAGCACAUUUUUCUAAGAUCAGAUCUAAGAUUGUCCUGGCAGGGAGAUUUUGUUUGGCUGUAAAUGAUGGACCUAGUGUCUGCAUCCGUGAGGGCAAAAGAAAAUGUUCAAACAAGCCAGAAGAUCAUUUGCCAGGAAAACUUUUGACUCGCCAAACAAUUGGUACAUCCAGCUGGAAGUUUAUUUCUGUCAGUUAUCUGGAAGAAUGUCACAGUAACCAACAUUUUCACAUAUUAUAAAUUAUUGUGGCAUUUAAUUUAAAGUUAUAUAGGAAACAUUUGAUAUUGCAAGUUUGAAAGUUCAGACAUUUUGUAAAUUAACAGUUACUGAACAUUUAGACCACAUAGGACUUUGCAGCAUCCCUGUAUCUACAGGAUAAACAAAAAGAUGCGUAACUGUCUUUAUACCCAUCUAAGUAAUCAUCUGUGGUUUGCAGUGCCUCCACACUGCAUACGGGGAAAUUUGUACAUAGCCCUGAUUACAUUACAAUGGUUUAAAUGACGGCUUUCUUUCUUUGGGACUUUGGGCAUCGAAGAUUAUUGUGAUCAGACAGCUGCUGUGAUUUUACCAUCAAACCAGUGAAGUGUGUUUGUGGUGGGUGUAUGUACUGCCUGGGUCUGUACAGCUCCACGUGUACAUGUCUAUACAAGUAUGAGUGUUUUGACUGUAUGUGUGAGCGUCUGUAAAUAUAUGUAUUCAUUUUAAUUUAAUUUUUUUUUUUAAUUAUUACAAAUGGGAUUGUUGUCUGGUAGGCAGAUUUCUCCUAACACAAGGCACAUGACUUUGAUGUGUUGCCACUCACCACUGCAAUUUAUAAAGCGGUCUAAAUUGCAGUACUUACAUCUGUUGAUGUAGUUUUUUAAAAAAAAAAAAGUUAAAGUUUUAGUGUUGCUGAUUUACUGUCUGAUUGGAUCAGUUCCAGGUUUGAAAAAGGUGUGGGUGUGAAGAUCUGCAUCCCAGACUGUAAACACUACUAAAUAAUACUGCAGUAAGGGAUUUCAUAUCCGCUGUUACCUGGGAGAAAAUAAGUACCGUUCAAUGAAACAAAGAGUUUGUCAUGCAUUUGGCAGAAAUGUUCCUUAUUUUCAUUUUUACAGAUUUGACUUGUAAUCUUUUUUUUUCUUUUUCUUUUUUUGUGCAAUUCUCAAUUUCACUCAGUACUU